AUGGCGGUUGUUGUGAACAAUGCUCCUCCCUCCUCCCCAGCAGCGGACAACGUGGCCGCUGCCACUGCUGAGGAGGGAAUCCUUUUAGGUGAUUCUUCUUCCAUGAAGAAGAGGAAAGCCGAAGAACUUGAACCCCUACUCCAGGGACGUCCCAAGAGCACAAGGAAGGACAGAGCUGCUCCCUCGAAUCUGUCGAUUCCUGAACCAGCCGAAGCCCAGGAUGUAAAUCCUGAUUCAGGACUUGCUUUAAAGGAACCGCUGGGUUCUGGGAUGCUACCCCCUCGACGUCCCCGAGACAAAGAGAAGAUUGGGAAUAUGUUUAGAUGCUUUCACACCCGCUUUGGGAAGAAACUCCCGUCCUUUGAUUGGUGGAAGCCCGACAUCAAGAAGAUGUAUAUCAGCCGUUCAUUCCACUCCUCUCAGGCAACUCUGGACGUGAAUGGAAUCAUUAACCAUUACGAAGAGGAGCUUGCCAAAGUUUCCAAGAAGGCUGUUGUUGCUGAAGGGGAGAUUGAGAAACUGCAAUCUUCUAGUCGGCUUGUGCAGGAGUCUGCUGGCCUCAACUCGGCUCGCCAGGAAGAAAUCGAGCGACUCAAAAGAUCCGGCGAGGAGACAAAGAAGGCUUUGAUUGAGACAGAGCAAAUGCUAGAGUCCGCCCUUACUGAACGUAACCUCGCAAAGGGCGAAAUCGAGCUUCUGAGAUCAGAGCUUGACAGAGCUAAGACAACUGUUGAGGAGCUCGAGUGUAAAAAUAAAUCUCUCUCCGAACUGAAUGAUCGAGAUGUUCGCAAAUUAUCUCACGAUGCUCGGAAAGAGGUCGAAGGAGCUGGGCAAAAGUUUCUUCUUGCUGUGCAGAAAUUUAUUACUGCAGAUAAAGCUUGGAACAAACUCAGCUCCGAACGUGAUGAGAUGAAGAGCAACCUCGAUCUGAUCAAGGAGAUAGAGGAUGGAUCAGUCAAUUUGGCUGAAGAGAAGGAGACAGUGGGCGCUGAGCUCGCCGAGACUGAAGCUAAGUUAGCUAGCGCUCCCCAGCCACAUUUGAAUUUGCAGCAGUUUGCUUCUUAG